AUGCCUAUUACUCAUAGAAAUGGCUUGCAUUAUAAUCAAAGAUUUUAUCAUAGAAUCUUUGAAGUAAUUCAGUCAUUUACAUUUCUACUGAUGGGAAUCAUUGGGUACAUGGUACACAUAGUUUUCGGUACAAUGUUAUUUUCCGGUAACGAAAGAGUCACACAGGGUCUCUUGUACCCACGUGAAUCAGAGACUAGAGAGGUACGAUCACUAGAUGGAAUGUGGCAUUUUGCAAAGAGUGAUACAAACAAGCCAUCCGUAGGCUUACGAGAAAAAUGGUAUAUGAGAGAAUUAAGAGAAUCAACAAAUGUGAUAAACAUGCCAGUGCCAUCAAGCUACAAUGACAUUGUUGAGGAGAGUGAAUUUCGAGAUCAUGUUGGAACUGUCUGGUAUGAAAGAAAAUUUUUCGUUCCACAGUCGUGGAAAAGCCAAAGAGUCUGGGUGAGAUUUGGAAGUGUGCAUUAUGAGGCUUAUGUUUGGAUUAAUGGUAAUCUCGUCGUGCGUCAUGAGUUCGGGCAUCUUCCUUUCGAGGCAGAAAUCACAGAAUAUUUAAAUUUCGCAAAAGAGAAUCGAAUAACAGUGCUGUGUGAUAAUGUAUUGCUACAGACAACAAUUCCUCAAGGGAAAAUUGUAGAACAGGAUUCAGAUAAUGGAAAGGAAAUAAUACAGCAAUAUAGUUUUGAUUUCUUCAAUUAUGCUGGUAUUCAUCGUUCUGUGCAUUUAUAUACAACCUCUUACGUGUUCAUAAAGGAGGUGAUUCUUAAUCCAAAAGUGACGGAGGAAAGGGAUGGCCUUGUUGACUAUAAAGUCGUGUUAAAUGAUAACUCAACAAAUGAGUACAAUAUUAAAGCUAUUGUAUUUGACAAAGACAAUAACAAUGUUGCAGAAUCUAGCACCAACAAUGAUACAUUCAAUGGUGAAAUUUUAAUUAAAAACCCAAAUCUGUGGUGGCCAUAUUUGAUGCAUCCUCAGCCAGGAUAUUUAUACUCAAUUGAAAUUCAAUUAACAUUAAAUGAUGAAAUAAUUGACAUUUAUAGAACUAAAUUUGGAAUAAGAUCUCUCAAGUGGAACAAUUCGUCGAUGUUAAUCAAUGAUAAGCCAAUCUAUUUCCGUGGUUUUGGAAGGCAUGAGGAUAGUGACAUAAGAGGAAAGGGACUCGAUUUUGCAUUGUUAACAAAAGAUUUUAAUCUCUUGAAAUGGAUUGGCGCUAAUGCUUAUCGAACAAGUCACUACCCCUAUUCAGAAGAAUCAAUGCAAUUUGCAGAUGAAUACGGAAUUAUGAUUAUCGAUGAAUGUCCAUCUGUGGAUACAGAAAACUACAGCCAAAAAUUAUUAGAAAACCACAAAUACAGCAUCGAGCAACUCAUUCACCGAGACAGAAAUCAUCCAUCUGUAGUAAUGUGGUCAAUUGCAAAUGAGCCAAGAACACAGCAAACAAGUGCUGAUCAAUAUUUUGCAGAAGUUGCAAGAUACACAAAGGAAUUAGAUCCAACGAGACCAAUCACAGCUGCAAUUGCUGUAAAUUUUAAGCAAGAUCAGGCAGCUCAGUAUUUAGAUAUUAUUAGCUUUAAUAGAUACAAUGCAUGGUACCAAAACACUGGCAGACUAGACAUGGUCACAAGCUAUGUCGAGAAUGAGGCUAGAGAUUGGCAUGUAAAGCAUGGAAAGCCAGUCUUGAUGAGUGAAUAUGGAGCAGAUACAGUUGAAGGAUUGCAUAUGUUGCCAGCAUAUGUGUGGUCGGAAGAGUUUCAGUCACAACAAUUCUCCAAGCAUUUCAAGGCAUUCGACCAAUUGAGAAGUGAGGGAUUCUUUAUAGGAGAAUUUGUGUGGAAUUUUGCAGACUUUAAAACAGCACAGACAUACACGAGAGUUGGUGGAAAUAAGAAAGGAGUAUUUACAAGAAGUCGACAGCCAAAAGCAGCUGCACAUCUUCUCAGAAAACGAUACUUUGAACUCGCAUCAGAAAUCGAUCAAUUUCAUCAUAAACCAGACAAUUUGUAUGAAUAUACUAGUCAGACUCAGAAUAAGUUGCUUAAAAAUGAACUUUAG